CCCUUGUGCUUGCCAUACGCACGCUGCAGAGGCACCAACACUGAGCUUGGACACCUGUCGGUCGUGUGCAGACAUCGGUGGCUCAGCGUGAUACGCGAGCUGGGGGAGGCGGAAGGUGCACCAUUUCGUUCCAACGACAAUCGCUCAAGACACCGGAGCAUAGUUCCCUUUCGCAAGCAAACAUUCAGGUCGUCCCGACAGACUGGUAACGAACGCCACUGGCACGCUUGUGGCCGGGCCUUGUUUCCUGAGGAAAUUCACGGCAGCGCGUCGCACCGUAUUAAAGGCAAAGAUAUCGCCAUGGUCGCAUGA